UUUGUUGCAAAGCAUGGAAAACACAAGGCAUUCCAUGUCGGAAGUAAUUCUUUGUGUCGGCAACACAUCCAAAGCCACUAUGAGGUAUACAAGAGCAAAUGCAAAGAACUGGGCCUGAAGGAAAAUCACCAUGCAAUACCACGUGAUAUAGUGAAGUUGCAAGUGAAUAGGAAGAAACAAGGGAAG